AGGCCCAAAAUGUGAUAUGAAGAAGUGAUUGGGCCCAAAUCGUCAAAAUCAUAACAGUAGGAUUUUGUAGGAAGGAUUUCUAUCAAAGGAGCCUAACACGAUUCUCUGAAAAUUCAUUCCCAGAAGGAAAGAAUUAAGAGGGAAGGAGCUGAUGGCAGCAAUAACAAGCGCGGUGAUAGCAAUAGCGGGAGUGAUAUUGGGAUGGAUAGCAAUCGAGAUCGCCUGCAAGCCUUGCCUGGAGAAAGGGCGUGAAGCCAUUGACCGAUCUCUUAACCCUGAUUACGACCCCGACGAUGAUCUCCAAGCCCCUCUCAACCCUAACCCAGAUCCCCAAUCUCACCCUGGUAUUUCUUCUUCCACUUCAUCCAAACCCCUUGAAUGAUCCCCUACAAAUUUAAGGGUUGGGGGGGGGGCGAAUUCGUACUUGAUGGCUGUUAUAGGCAAAUUUGUGUCAAUUUAUUUUCUACCUUAUUUGUCCAGGUGAUUUGCUAUUGUUUUGUUUGAACUUUGAAUGAAUGGCGUGGUUGAAUUGUUAUGGUACUACUGUUAUCACAUUCAAUUGUACCGUUCUUGGCCUGGUUUUAGUUUGUUUCAAGUGACAUAACUUGGUUUGUGCAUCCAUGCCUUUCAAACAUAACAUACUCUACAGAUUAUUCAAUUGAGUGCAGGAAUUUUUUUAAAA